AUGACCGGUCUAGUGCAGACCGAGCCGCUGCUCGGGGAGCCGCCUCUGCUGGUGCGCGGCGACCCCUACUCGGUGGUGGUCCUUCUGCAGGGCUAUGCGGAGCCCGAGGGGGUGGGCGAAGCGGUGCGCGCCGACGGAUCCGUGACCUUGGUGCUGCCUCAGGCCUGGGGCCCGGCUUCCAGCCACCGAGAGUCCCUGCCCGAGGGCGGCGGGGCGAAGACCGCCCUGGAGGAGGCGGCCCGUGGUCCCAUCCUCGUAGACACCGGGGGCCCUUGGGCCCGGGACACACUCCUGGGGGCCCUGGCGCGGCAGGGCGUGGCCCCCAGAGACGUGACUCUGGUGGUGGGCACCCAUGGACACUCGGAUCACAUCGGGAACUUGGGGCUGUUUCCCGGGGCGGCUCUGCUGGUCUCUCACGACUUCUGCCUCCCCGGGGGCCGCUACUUCCCCCACGGGCUAGGUGAGGAGCGGCCCCUGCGGCUGGGGCCAGGGCUCGAGGUGUGGGCCACGCCGGGCCAUGGGGGCCAGCGGGACGUGAGCGUAGUGGUGGCGGGCACGGUCUUGGGCACCGUGGUGGUGGCGGGCGAUGUGUUUGAACGCAGUGGAGACGAAGACUCGUGGCAAGCGCUGAGCGAAGACCCGGUGGCCCAGGAACGGAGCCGGAAGAGGGUCCUAGGCACAGCGGACGUGGUUGUGCCUGGUCACGGAGCCCCCUUUAGGGUGGUCAGGGAAGCCCCUCAACCACCGAACUGA